AUGAAGGCUCUCCCUGAUUUCGAUGCACUGCCACCAGUAGAAGGCAGACCGCAGGGCAAUACCUGGGGGUUUUGGGGCGCUGACGACGAGAUUGGAACCUUGAACCUCCUUACUCCAGAAGUAAUUCAGCGUGCAGCCGCUGAGGUCAAGAGUGGCCGAUCCGCGUCCUUGGACUUCCCCCUCGAUCACUUCAGCGAGCGCUUGGGCACGCGGCGCCAGCUCGAGCAGAAUGUGAUCAAUUAUCGUUCUUUGGCGGGCAUGUAUGUUUACGAUGACGAGCUCCAUUUCAACACCCAAAGCAGCUCCCAGUGGGACGGCCUGACACACUGUGCAACCCAAAAAGAUGGGUUCUUCUACAAUGGCCUUAAAUUCGAAGACGUGUUGAAGAAUAGGAAUGGAAGAAAUGGUACACACAGAUGGUUACAGAGAGGCGGGAUAGUUGGCCGCGGGAUUUUGUUGGACUAUCCACUUUGGCGACAGGAGACUGGACAAAGCCAGGUCAAUGCAGGUUCAAGCCAUGCCAUCACGGCAAUGGAAUUAGACCAAAUGGCCCAGCACUUUAAGCUGGAAAUCCAGCAAGGUGAUAUUCUACUACUUCGCACGGGCUACAGUGCAUGGUACAAGUCGGCGUCGCCAGAGGAGAGAAUUCGCGUUAUUAAAGGGGAAGCAUUCAUUGGAGUAGAGGAGUCUAUGGCAUCCGUGCGGUGGCUAUGGAACAGACACGUUGCGGCUGUCGCCACAGACGCUCCAGGCUUCGAAGUCUGCCCAGUUCCUUGGGGUGACGAAUCCAAGGUAGUGCUUCAUGAGUGGAUAUUGGUCCAUUUUGGUAUGCCCCUGGGUGAGCUGUGGAAUUUGGAAGACUUGUCGGUCCUCUGCCAACAAGAACGGCGGUGGUCGUUUUUCUUCACAAGUGCGCCCCUGAACGUAACAGGAGGAGUGGCCAGUCCGCCGAACGCUAUAGCUGUGCUGUAA